GUUGUAAUGUCGAAAAAUACGGGAGACACUAAAUUUCGCAAGGUGGAUGUGGAUCAGUACGGUGAAUCAAAUUUUCAAGAUGAACAAACUGAGGACACUUUCUCGCCCAAAUUCAGUGAAGCCGACGUUAAGUCAUGCAUUGAAAAAGGAAGGUAUGUGGAAGGUCUUACAUUAGUUUUGCAAAACGCCCCAAUAAACUCGAAAGAUCAGGCUUUGAAGGAUAUUGCAUUCCGACUAGUGAUGCGUUUGUUGCCCCAGAUUAAAGCGCAGGCAAUUGAUGAUUUUAUCGCCGGAUUGGAUUCCCCAAAGGUGGAUCUUUUAAUGAAAUACAUUUACCGUGGAUUUGAGCAGUCUCAGGACGGUAUUUAUGCAACUCUGUUGACAUGGCACGAAAAGGUCUACAAUCGCGGAAAGUCUGGCUGCAUCAUUCGGGUGCUGACGGACCGAAGGCGCAUUUGAGCACUGUAGAUUUCCUUCUGUGCUUUCAACAAUCAUCAUCUUUUCUAAUAACUUUCUUCUCCUUGAAUGAUACUUGUGAUGUUCUUGUCCAUUUACCUUCACAGUAUGCAAACCCAUCAUGUGUGAUCCAGCAGUGUCAUCUUUUUCUCUCGCGGAUUGCACCAUAACCACGAUGUGUUGGGUCAACGCAAAUCUAUUUUCUCACAGAAAUGCUAUCUUGUUUGUUCGCAUGAGUCAGUUUGGCAAAAUUUCCAGCCGGACUGCUGUGUUUCCCUUGAAAUUUGUACUCAACUUUAAAUAUCUGCUUCGCCGCUUUGAUAAUGCUUGUUUCGAUCUUCUAUCCACGGACACUGACUGGACCCCGGCGCUAGCGUUGCAUUUCUUCUAUACCGGUUUUACAUCACUCCUACAAGCCCCAGUGACUCCAUUUGUAUCUGACUCCUUGAUAAAGUUAUCUUUUAUGGCUCUACCAUUAAGGUCGAGAUAGUGAGUCUGUUACAGAGGAAUGCGCGUCUCCACAAGACUGCGUAACACGAAACCAUAGACACGCGUCGAUGUGAGCGCGCAUGUCCGUACUGCCUCCGCGUCAUGAGAAUUCAUUCAUUCCGAUACUCCCUCCGCUUUUUGCUUGUCCCCAGCACUUUCCCUGUGACAUACUCGCAUUAUGCAUAUUUAUUUGUUCACGCCUUGCUUAACCUACACCGAUUGUUCUAUAUGAAAGCUCACAUGCCUU